UGCAGGUGUGCGCAGCAUCAGCUGCCCCAUUUCGUCUCUACAUGGCCUUUCGACAGAUUUCGUCUUUUUCCUCAAUAAAAUAUGCCACUCGCAGUCUUUCACAGACCUCGAAACCUUUUCUCCAGGAUGUUGUCGUACUGGGCAUUGCACGCACACCUGUGGGAUCUUUCCAAAAGCAACUGGCUUCUUGCUCCGCUCCUUUUCUUGGUUCCGUUGCUAUAAAAGGCGCCAUUGAUCGGGCCAGAAUUGAUCCUGGUGCCGUACAGGAAUGUAUCAUGGGUAUGGUACUCUCUGCAUUCACGAAGCAGGCGCCCGCAAAGCAGGCAGCCUUACUCGGUGGCCUCAGUGUGUCCACUCCUUGUACUGCUGUCAACAAACUUUGUGCCAGUGGUAUGAAGUCUAUCAUGUUUGCUGCACAGAGCAUCGCCCUUGGGCACCAGGAUGUCAUAUGCGCUGGUGGAAUGGAAAGUAUGUCAAAUGCACCUUUCUACCUCCCACGACAGACACCGGCUUAUGGUGGGGCAAAGUUAUACGACGCCAUACUUUAUGAUGGCCUUUCCGACGCGAAAUACGAUAUCCAUAUGGGCCAGUGUGCUGAAAAAACUGCCGCACUCAUGAAAAUCACUCGUGAAGAACAAGACGACUAUGCCAUAUUGUCAUAUCAGCGAAGCCAGGCGGCUGCUUCUCAGGGUAUAUUUAAAAAUGUGAUCGUCCCCGUCCGUGUUCCGAACAAGAAAGCUCCUAGCGGCUUCGACGAAGUCACUGAAGAUGAAGAGUACAAACGCGCGGACUUCUCCCGCUUUCCCACUCUAAAGCCAGUGUUUCUGCGCGCGGAAGAGGGAGGCACAGUGACAGCUGCGAACGCGAGCACUUUGAACGAUGGCGCUGCUGCCGUCAUUCUGUCUUCGGCUCAAUUCGCUGCGAAGGAUGCAUCACUGAAACCAAUCGCGCGAAUUAUUGCGUAUGCCGAUGCAGCCCUCGAUCCUAUCGACUUCCCAGUGGCUCCGCAUGUGGCUGUCGAGAAGUUGCUCAAAUACACAGGUGUGAAAAAAGAGGAUAUCACGUUGUGGGAAAUUAACGAAGCUUUCUCCGUGGUCGCUCUAGCAAACAUCCGAUUGCUAGACCUGAAAAUAACCAAUGUGAACCUGCACGGUGGAGCUGUCAGCUGCGGACAUCCGAUCGGAAUGUCUGGAACGCGCAUAACCAACCACUUGGCAUCGCAGCUGAAACGUGGGCAGAAGGGUAUUGCGACCAUUUGCAACGGUGGCGGUGGUGCUUCGGCGAUCCUGUUGGAAGGCUUGUUGUGA